GAGCGAUAACGUCGCCUUCUGUUAUAAAAAGGAGCCGGCAGCCAUGCAAGGAAUCAUAAAAUCACCCAAAGAGGAGUUUGCUUUACUUCCAAGUUUAGCAGCGUUAACUUAAAAAUAAAAAUCAAAGAUGUGGAAGAUCGUUUUUGCCAUUUUUGCGGCUGUUGUCGCCGUGGGGCAGUGCAUACCCGGAGGGUUCAAUGACGUCGAUAUCAACGACCCGGACUUCAACAAUGCGCUGAACUUCGCCGUUGCCUUGCACAACAACGCCAUCACGGACCCGUACCUCCACCAGGUGGUUUUCAUCAUCUCCGCCAAGGUUCAGGUGGUUGCAGGUCUUAACUACAUAAUUGUUGUGCAGUUGGGACGGACAAACUGCGAAAAGGGCAGACCAAAUAAUGGAUGUACUGUCUUCUCUGACCCAGCUCAAGCCCAGAUUUACCAGUGCACGUUCACCGUGUUCAGUCCUCUGAAUUCCAACGGUUUCCAGCUGCUUGGAAAGAAAUGCUAUUAAAUUUAAACCUUGACUUCAUUCAGGGUGAAAUGCGUUGUUCUUCUGACAAUGUAAACAUCUUUAAAUCCUCUUUGUGACUUUUCUAUAUACUACAUAAUGUUUUUCAACCUUUGCAGUAUUUCAUAUAAAGUCUUAAGAAAAGGAUUUAAUACAAAACAACAUUGAUAAGUUACCUGAAUCAAAUUGUUUAUUGGCUUGACAAUUUCAAAAUAAAAUAACUUGACUUAUCUGAA